CCGAAAGAGAAAAACCUCUGAUCAUCAUCAAUGGCAGCAGAUCAGCUUGAGAACCCAAAGGUGAUGACAAGUCUCAUCACAUUUCUCUCUUCUCUGCUCCAAAGGGUGUCCGAAUCAAACGACAUAAACUGCCAAUUCCAGCCCCAGAAAAUCUCAGUCUUCCAUGGCUUAACUCGACCGACCAUUUCGAUUCAGAGCUAUUUAGAGAGGAUUUUCAAGUACGCCAAUUGUAGUCCGUCUUGUUACGUCGUUGCUUAUGUUUACUUGGACCGGUUUGCACAGAGACAACCCUCCUUGCCCAUCAACUCCUUAAACGUUCAUCGCUUGCUCAUCACCAGUGUCAUGGUGGCCGCAAAAUUCAUGGACGAUAUGUACUACAACAAUGCUUACUAUGCAAAAGUUGGAGGAAUCAACACAAGAGAAAUGAAUUUUCUUGAAGUGGAUUUCCUAUUUGGGUUGGGCUUCCACUUGAAUGUGAGCCCCACCACAUUCCAAACUUACUGUUGUUAUCUGCAAAGAGAGAUGCUCCUUAUGCAACCACCACUAGAUCAUGCUGCAGCAGAUUCUUCCCUCAGCUUUGGAAAAUCGCUCAACCUCCACUUGUGCUUCAGCGACGAAGAAUCCUCCCGUCAAAAGCGGCAACAACAGCAACUGGCUGUUUAAUUAAUUUAAUUUACAAAAUACAAAGCCCUUCUUGAAAAUUAAGCCCAAUAUUGUUUUCAACACUUUGAUAACUAGGCUUAAUUUAGAGGUACAUCAAGUGGAUCACUCUCCUUUUCUUCUUCUUUUCUUCUUGUUGUUGUUGGCGGCUUAGUGAACUAAACUUUUCGUCUGUGUAAUAUCAUUUUAAGAGUGUCACGCAACGUUCUUACAAUAUGGUACAUGUGCCUUUUUUCAUCUUUUGAAUUAUUGGGUCCAAAAAGAUAAAUAUUU